ACUGUCUCCUUGAGAACAAUCUGCCCUCCAUAUCCCGCCCACCCCCUAUAGUCCUACUUCACUAGCAUAAAGAUUGCCCACAAUGGCUGCCAACUACUUCAACAUAACCGGCAUCCGCGAGGGGGUCAAUGGACCCGCCGUACCUCUCCGCCAGGAGAUUCGCGCUCUCCAGGCUACCAACCCUGACAUGUUCAACCUCUACAUUCUCGGCUUGCAACGUAUGCAAAGCCUGCCCAAGACAGACAGGCUCUCCUGGUUCCAGAUUGCUGGUAUUCACGGACGCCCGUAUACCGCUUGGGACAAUGUCAGGGGUAACGGAAAUGCCUCUGGAUAUUGUACCCAUUCGAGCAUUUUGUUCUUGACCUGGCAUAGGCCUUACUUGGCACUGUACGAGGUUUGCGAACUUGGUUCCCAAUACUUGGCGGGGCUCGUAACUAACAGGAGCUAUUUUUAUAGCAAUCACUCUUUGAGAAUGUGAAGGCUGCUGUUGCGGCGUUCCCUCCUGGACCCACCAAGGAUAGAUUUACUCGGCUUGUCCCCAGCUUCCGUAUGCCGUAAGUGCUCCUUCCGAUUACCAUGCCUAUGUGAAGUUAAUGCCAACAAAAUCCUCCCCCCCCAGAUACUGGGAUUGGGCUGCGGAUGCGAGAAUUCCCGAUUUUGUUCUCAGGGACCAAACAAUCGAAGUUGAGACUGCAACUGGCAGGCAAAGAAUCAGAAAUCCACUAUAUAGCUACAACUUCGGGUCAAUUGAUCGAAGAGAGUUCCCGGUAAGCGCAUCCUGCCGUCCUGAUAUAUAAUUGCUCAUAAGUAGUAACAGGAGAAUCGUUUCAACACUUGGCUUAAUACCGUCCGGUAUCCCAACCUCGCAAAUGUCAACCCCACCGACCCAGGCAACCCAGCACAGGUAGCAGCACAAAUGCGGCAAAUAGAGACAUUCCCUAACCCAGGCACGAACGGUCUCAAGUAAGUCCCUCCCUCCGUAAUAGUCCUCGAUAUAAUACAAGAUUUCCAACACUUAUGAGCGAAAAGUCUCCGCGAUCGUGUAUAUGCUCUCCUUAGCCGAAACAACUACCGGAACUUUGCAUUCUUCUCCAAUGACGGCUGGAACAAUAACGGCCACCCCGACGACUACGACUCCCUGGAGUCGGUGCACAAUACCAUUCACGGCACUAUUGGUGGCGGAGGACACAUGGUAAGCCAAUAGUAAAAUCAUGCCUGCUCCAUACUCUAACUGCUUCGCAGUCUACACCAGCCUAUGCUGGAUUCGAUCCAAUUUUCUGGCUUCACCAUACCAAUGUCGACCGCCUCUUUGCCAUUUGGCAGGUUUUGAAUCCAAACAGCUAUGUCGUCGACCAGCGAGCCAGAUACUCAACCUUCUGGUCUCAGGCGAACGGAACUGAAGGACCCAAUACAAGUAAGUUAUCCCCUCUCCCGCUCCAUCACCCGGGCCUGACUAAUUGAUACACUAGCCCUCCUACCCUUCCACCAAAACAACACCACUUACUGGACAUCCCUGACUUGCAGGAAUCUAAAAACAUUUGGAAGCACAUACCCCGAACUUGUUGAUUGGGGGGUGGUUAGCCCUAACCAAGUCGUGGCCAACGUUCAGAGAGCCGUACAAACCCUUUAUGGCCGAACCGCCCCAGUGAACAGGAUUUUGGGUCAAGCUCCAGGUGCUAUUGGAGCCUCUGUGCUCUCCUUCUCUCAACCCGGUGUCGCUGUAACCGCUUCGGGCUCCGGCAUUCCCCAGACCGAUGGUCCAGGAGAUGAAGAGACCCCUGCCCAGUCCUAUGGUGGCCAAAGUGAGCAGCAGCCCAUCCAGUCUGAGUCCACCGGCCAACCCGAUCUUAUCAAGGAUGGCACUGUCUAUGAGUGAGUACCUGCGAAAUCGGGCAACCCCCAAAAUAACGCAUUGCUGAUUUUCCACCUUAGAUACUUUUGCAACAUUCGUGCCGAUAAGUACGCUGCUGGGGGCUCUUUCAAUGUUCACAUUUUCCUCGGAGAUUUCAGCGAUGAUGCCACACAGAGAGCCUAUGAUGAUAACCUCGUCGGAACCUUCAGCGUAUUCGCAAACGACCCAGAGACCACCGGAUGCGAGAAGUGCCAGAAUGAGGCCGAAGAUGGAUUGAUUGUCACCGGCUCCAUCCCACUGACUGGUGCAUUGCUGGACAGGAUCCCGAAGUUGAACAUUCCGGAGUUGAAUUCGUUGGAGCCGGAGAAUGUUAUCCCAUAUCUGCAAAGUAAACUCCACUGGAGAUGCAAUAGGGUUUGUCCCCUCACGAACGCUUCACUGGUCCACUAUGAUGCUGACAUGUCUUGAAACGCAGCCCGACGACACCCCUAUCCCGCGUGAGGAUAUCUCAAGCCUGAAAGUGGGAGUUGCCUCUGUCCCGGUCGAGGUUCCGACGCCUGACCACCUGCUUCCCAAGUAUGGUGAAUGGCAGGCGCGGUACGAGGUGACUGAGGGCCGCAAGGCCGGUCUGGCUGAGGGUGACAAUUUGUAAAGCCAUCGAUAGUUGUUGCAAUAAUGGUAUACUAGCCACCAUGUGGCAGAGUUGGGGCAGCUAUAGGCGCAUCUCGUUUUUCUUUUCCGAACACUAACGCACAAUAAGUUAAGCAAGGAUUUAUCUAUUUUUCCGAGACACGAGAAAUGAGAAAAUAUCUUCCAAACGAGACCUGAUUUUUUUAUUUCUUUUCCCCUAGGGUCGAAAGGAUCGUGCCUUGUUCCAAUCAAACGAUUUCACGGGGAAAAGCAGAGUGGAAAGGAAAACGAGCGCAUACUAAUGUCAUGCGUGAUGCAGCCCAUAUAGCAAUUGAGAUUCCGGAUGAAAAGGCUUGAACCCAUCGACAAACCCGCAGUCUGAACAUCGUCUUGUUCAGGAUAUCGUGCGUUCACCCCUAUGCCGCGAUCACCUCACCAUCACCAGUCAACCCCACCACAUGCAUGUGUAUGUAUGCAUGAAAAUUUUCUAGCACGCGAUCACGACAAGCCCGGUCCGUGGGGCAAUAGUACACUUUCGAGUAAACGGGCCGUACGUGCUAGAGUAGCCCAACACUCCUCAUCAAAUCACAUAGAGAAUCGUAGGUAAAGCCAAUUAGCCCACAAUGGAUCGCGGAAAUGCACGACUCGAGCACCCUCGCGGAGACGGCGGCUGCAUGUCUGGCUGGCUGGCCGCGCGAGUCCUACCCUACUAUGCCACAUACAGCACCUUUUGUGCUUGGCCCGAAGCCAUCACUCUGCCCUGCAAAUCUGUGCUCCACUCCCCCCGAUCGCUCAUUCAUUCGUGGCAUAAUACCACGAGUCAGCGUAUCGGAAAGAGGAAGAAAAGAGAAAAAAAGAAAAA